UUAACUGGUUGCCAACAUCACAGAUGUGACACAUACAUGUGUCCUUUUAAUUUGGACAAACUGGAAGACGAUCAAAUAAGUGAGGGGCAAUGUGUCAAAAAGUUUGUGCGUGAAACUCCGUGACGUUUAUUGGUUGAUGAGCAGUUGUUAUAUAGAGAAAGAAACGAAAGGGUGUUUUCAUUAGCAGCUGAAUGAUUAUUUCAGCUUUGUUUCCCCUAUGGUGGAACUAGUUCCUAUAUUUACAUCAAGGCAUAUACUCAUUUCAGUCACUCUCUUCUGUGUCUUCCGCAAGUGCUUGUUAAGGCAGUGAAAAUUAUCUCCCGCUAUAGAGAUAUCAACCUGUUGAACUUCUGAUUAAUCUAGCUGACAUCUGUGCGUUCUUUCGACAGUUAAUCGAUAUCGAAGGGUUAAAAGUUGACAAAGUGUAUAAAAUUGUAAAAUAUGAAGUUGUACGCGCUGAAUAUCCUUUAUAAAGGACCAAACGGUGCAGUUUGGCUGAAAACCUCAUACGAGCUGGCCAGCUUCAGUUACUUUCAGAGAAGCAGCAUCCAAGAGUUUAUGGCGUUUGCGAGUAAAACUAUAGUUGAGAGGACACACACGCCAGCUAGGCAGUCGGUUCGUGAGAAAGAAUACAUGUGCCACGUCUACGUUCGUGCGGAUAACCUGGCUGGUGUGCUGAUCUCAGACCAAGAGUACCCGCAUCGCGUAGCGCACACGCUCAUCACAAAGGUGCUGGAUGAAUUCGCCACAAAGAUUCCUGCUUCGUCAUGGCCGACGGCGGAUGAACAGGCAGUGGCAUUCCCACAGAUAAACACAUACCUGGCACGCUACCAGAACCCUCGUGAGGCGGACCCGAUGACAAAAAUUCAGGAGGAGCUGGACGAGACAAAGAUCAUUCUGCACAACACAAUCGAAGCGGUGCUGCAGCGCGGGGAGAAACUGGACGACCUGGUCGCCAAGUCGGAGGGGCUGAGCAUCCAGAGCAAGGCGUUCUACAAGACGGCCCGCAAGACCAACUCCUGCUGCAGCUUCGGCUAGGCGGGGCGCGCUCGGCUGCGGCGCGGCACACGGACUUCGGGAAGGCUGCACCGGGGGCAGAGGCGUGCCGCUGUCUGUCCCUGCCGGUGCACCCACUCCUCGAUCCUCCCCUUUCCCCCACGUAACGGAAGCGAGUCUGCCGCCGGCACGAUUUGCGAAAGCGACUCGAAAGCUGUGAGUGGAGAGUCGUGACAUUGAUAAUGUGCUGACAUUUGCCCCCAUUGAGAGAUGUCUGCCGCCCCCCCCCCCUUCCUCCUUACCCCUUCUUGUGCACCUCAUUGCCUACAAGCUUGUUAUUUUAUAUAGCAUUUAAGUUACCAUGUUUUAAAUUAUUUAAUCUCUUCCUGUAUGAUAGUUGUCAGGUGCAGCCAGUUUAUUUCUGAAAUGUCUCUGUCAUUCGAUGUGUAGUCAUGUAUAAGAUUUCUUACUGAAUUCCAAAUACUUCUCAACUUCUUGUGGGAAUGCAGUGCGAGUGUGAGAGUUCCCGAGCUCUCUCUCUCCUCCCCCCUAACCUUCUCUAGAAACAAUUUUCUUUUUUGCCUGUAGCAUAUAGCCCCUGUCAAGAAAAGAGCUAGACUGUUGUUGCCUGCAGUUCAGUGUAUUGUGUUCUCCUUUUCUUGCAUUUCUGCUGCUGCUGUGUUUUGGAGCACUAGUCCUUUGGACUGCAAACAUCAUAUAAGAGCCGCUCUAAGCUGUUCUGGAAUUGGUCCCCAACCACUGGUUCCGGAACCCUCCGGAAGCAAUUACUGACCAUCGGUCUCGAAACACGGCGGGCGAUGCAGUGUGUGUUCCCCUUCGUGUCAUUUCUCUCUUGGCUACUGUCGACUGUCUCUUAAAAGAUUUAAUUUUAUUGGUGUUCUUCCUUCAUUGGUGUUAGGCUAGAUACAUAGUACAGUACCUUAGCUGACAGUGUAUGUCAGAAACAAAUACGAAGUAUAUUUAUCUCCCCAUGUAAGUGGAGUUUAGGCUUUAUUUUAUAAAUUGUGCAAACUGUGAAGGCAUCACUGGUUGUGUUAAAAAUUGUAAAAGCAGUUGGAUGGUGCAUGUAGGUGCAUAAUUGAGCUGCUUCCAAAGUAUGCAAUUUUUAUGAAUGUGUUUGAUAAGUAUGUCUCUUGUGUGAGUGAGAAUGUGUGUUAAACUGUGGGUAUUUCUACAGCUACAGGAGUUACAAUAGGUUCGUUUUCGUGGAUGUUUGUUAUUUGUAUUAUCGUGCAAAACUGUUUGAUCUCUUGAAAUUAUUUAUGUGAUGGAGAUUGAAAUGCAUUUUUCACAUUCAUUCCAUUGAGUAUUGUCAACUAACUUGUGAGAAAUUGUAAGAAACAACUAUUCUGUUUAUAUGUAUAUGUGGACAUCACAGAUGGAAAGAAACCUUAAUGGAAAAAAAAAAUUACGUACUUGAAAUUCAAUUGGUUUAAAUUGUGAAUGAACAGGUACUACAAUUAAAUAAAUGUGACUACUUAAGAGAUUUCCCUCAGCAUUCGAGAAUAUUUGAACUACACAGUGCCUGUAUAUUUACCCUCUAGAACAGUGGAAAAUCUUGAGGGAGCUACAUAAUUUUUGAGUACGCUCUAUUGUCAAUGGGUAGAGAUUGGAGUUACCUGCAUUUAAGAUGUGGUCGUUUUUGUUAUUGAAGUUAAAAUAAUUGCAAAGAAUUUACAGUUUACUCAGACUAGACAAAAUAUGUAUGAAAAUACAAUUUCUUUUUACUUCUAAAUUGUUUGUUUCAAGUAUACACAUUUUAUUACACUAGUGGUUAGUCAGUUCGCAUAUUAUUAUGAAGCUCUCAUAGAUAAACACAUACUAUUACCUCCAUACCAGUUUGAGGCAACCAGUUUACUGUGAACAUUUCCUACAACAAUGAUGGGUUAUGGAAGGCUUUAUUUUACAUUAACAUUACACUUUCCUGUAGCAGACACAGAAAGUUCUCUAUAAUGCUGACGAAAAUAUGUGCAUUGUUGGAAGGUUGUGUAUUCUACUUGAUUGUAGGUGUUUCCUGUGCAAAUAACUUCGUCACUACAACAGGACUCUUUAAAUAUCAUUCAACAUUUAAGAUAAAUCUGUAAACUUCAUCAUUCUCAAAGGCACUGUAAUAUGAUACUCUUUUGACAAAUGUCUGUAACUAACAAAGACUGUUGAUACAGGAUCCCACAGUUGUUAAUUGCACCUGAGGGGAAGGUCGAAUACUAAAAUAAUAUUUUUAAUAGUCUCUCCAUCUGAAUUUAUGAGAAACAUUCAUCCAAAAUGUUUUACGGGAUAUACAGAUUUCAGAUGACAUUUUGACUGCAAAGAAAAAUAACUCGGUUGAAAUAAAACUAACAUGUAAAUAAUUUAAAAAGUAUUACAAAAUCAAAUGUUAACAU